UUCCAGGACCACGAGAUGAGGCCUCCUACAGAAAAAACGAGGAGCCACCACUCGUGGCGUGGAGCCAGGAGGUCCCAGAUACCGAGUUCCCCAGCUAGAACCGAUUUCCAUAGCUAUUCUGUCGAAAGGACACCAGCAGCAACAUCAUCUUCGAGUACAACUAGCCGUAGAGGAGGGCCAUGCUCUACUCCAUGUGGUGGCGGUGUUUUUGGUUCUGCACUUACUAGUGGUGCAACAAGUACAACCCCGGCCUCAGAGGUCUCUUUAGCAUCGGUAUCUGCUGCUGCUGCUGCAAGUAGCGCUAGAACUCCCACAUCAUCCCAAAGGAGUGGGAGCAGUUCAACUUCUUCCCGUGG